CCGCUCUCCAUGAAGCAGCAUGGGAGCCCGUAAUUCAAAUUUUGAUCAUUUCAAACAUCAAUCUAAUACAAAGGAGCCGUGAAGCCACCAUAAAUUUCAGGACUCCUUUGGAUCUCUCUACAUCUCUACCUCUCUUGUCGUCCUCAUCAUCAUAAUCUCCAUCAGGCAUGGAAGAACUCUGCAGAUCUUUUGAUAUCACAGACCUUUCUGCAGAAGACCUACAAGAUGUCAGGCUCAUCUUGAAGAUGAAGGUCUACGCCAUCGUCUCCAUCUCCGGCGACCCCUUCAUCGACCCCAACAGAUGGUACUCCACCGCCGUCGACUACCAAGGUAGGACAUGCCCCAGAUGGAACAACACCUUCUUCCACUUCACUCUCCAUGAUCCCUCCCUCUUCUCCAACCGCCUCCGCCUCAUGUUUAGAUUCUACUGCGAACGGACCUUCCACCACAACCGUUACAUAGGAGGAAUCACCGUUCCAGUCAAGUGCCUGUUCGACCUUGCCGGAGUGCUCAACUCCUUCUACCACGUCAGUUUUCCUGUGAAGCUCCCCUCAGGCGGUGAAAAGGGUUUUCUCAAGCUCUCCUUCCGGUUCGGGCAGUCCCUCCCUCGCCUCAUACGGCCGGCACCGCCAUGGCCGCCGCAGCAGCUGCCGAGAAACAACACCUUCAACCAUGAAGAGCCACCUCAACUUUACAGUGGGUACCCUUCAAACGACCCCUGCAGUUACAUCCAUAGCCGUCAACAAGCCUGCAAUUAUGAUGAUCAACGAAAUGAUCUUCACACAAAUCAGGUCCAGUACGCUUCAUAUAAUUUCCGGUCAUCCAGUCUUCCAAGCGCACCGAGCUACGACCAAAUUAAUUCUAGCGGGUCUUUCCCGAGUUCCUUUGAACAUUAUCCAGAUAGCGAUAAAGAUGACGCAUAUUACUCUUCUGGUUCAUACGAUGAUGAAGCCGACCGGUGAAAAUAUCUCAGCCGCAACUCAACUUCAUCGAUACAAAAAAUGGGAAAUGUUUUGACUUUUCCUGUUUGAGUUUGUCUGGAUUAGGCUACAUGUAAUUAGCUUAGCCAGUCCAUUUCUGCAAUAUUAUUAUUAGGAAAUUAGGGUUUCGCACUCAUGUACCAUGUACUACUCUUUAGAGGUGUAAAUAUUGUGCCCUCUCUCAUCCAAAUUUCAAAAACACA